AUGAAGUUCUUCGUCCCUCUCUCCCUCAUCGCUGUUGCAGUGACUGCUCAGACCACCGCUAGCAAGUCCGGCUGCGACGCCGACUUCAUCCUCACUCGCUGUCUCGAGACCGAGACCCCCAAGGCCCAGGCAUGCAACCCAACCGACUACGAGUGCCUCUGCGCAGCCUACAACGCCAUCGCCACCUGCUACAACAACUGCCCUAACGACGCCCGCCUCGCCCCGGCCAAGAACCAGGUCGACGUCUACUGCCGCCAGGCCUCCCUCCAGAACACAAAGACCACCUCCGUCGCCGCCCCCACCACCGCCGCCUCCGCAACCACCACCUCGGCCUCGGCCUCCAGCGGUGCCCAGAGCUCCGGCACUGCCACCUCGACUGGCAAGUCCACCGAGACGGGUGCCGCCGCCGGCCUGGCUGCCAACUCCGGCACCAUGCUCUUCGGCCUCGCUGGUAUCUUUGCUGCCCUGCUGUAA